AUGUUGGAAAAGCUAAUAGAAAUCCAUUUGGCAUUAAUCGGUUUUACGGCGGUUCCUGCCAACAACUCCAACGAUGUCAACUCUACACCUGCAACACAGUCUGAUGCAAAUACAUCUACACAUCCAAUCAAGGCAAUAUCGGUGGACACAUCCUUCGAACCUCAUCGAGUUGGUAGCCCAGUGAGCAGAAACAGUCCGGCACACAGCCUCCCAAAGACUCCGCCACCAAAAACAACCAUAGGAGAGCUAUUAGUCAAGGAUCAGCAGCCGCUACCAGUCCCACCAGCUAGUCGAUGCCCAGUGAUUCCAAUCCAACAUCACGUCCAUAAGAAUGAGCCGAAGCGGUUACCAAGUCCGGAAGAUGAGGGUGAGGAGUUGGAGAGGAAGUUGGCUGCUCAAAGGGCAAAAAAGAACUAUGCGCAAACGCCAAGUCCAAAUUCUGCACUGGUUUUCUCAAAUUCAGAAGGUUCAAAUUCAGCUGAGCUUAGUCAGAACCAUAUCGAGCCAAAACAAACAGAUUCCACACCAUCAGAAUCCCAAGAACCUGAGCCCGAACAACCGCAUCAGAAUAACCUCUUCAAACCUAACAAUGUGGUUGAAACCCAAGCAGAGGUCCACGCUGACCAUACGGACCAUGAAACCUUCAAAAAAUCUCCCUCACCCCUAAAUCAACAAUCCUCAACUCCUCCGUCUUCAUCACAUCCUCCCCCGCCACCACCACCGCCUCCACAACUUAUUAAGAAUCUCUCCAGAGAAGGAUCUGUAGACAAAGCUAGCAGUUUAAAAACCGCAUUGGAUCCUGAUGAUCUACGGCAUUUGAUCUUAGAAGAAUUGAAGAAGAAUAAGACCAACGUAGAGGAGAUGAUUGUGUUGAGAGGAAUGAAGCAGGGUAGCAGCGAAAAGUCAUUUUCACCAUCAAGGGAGCUGUUGGAGAUGAUUCAGAGAGAAAAUGGGUGA